AUGUGGUGUCCUGGCUGUCGGGCCCGUGGGCUCUUGUAUGCACUGCUCUGCCUUUGUCUUGCGGCUGAGCCCCAUGGCGAGGCUCAAGUGGGCAGGCCCGAUCGGCAACUGCAAUCGGUCUCAGAUAAUGCAUCGAUGUCACAGGCCGAGCUGGAACGAAAGGAAGUGGAGCGGGAGGAGUUUUCGAGUGAAGGCGAGGGAGUCGCCUACACACUGCUUUCUGCCGUGACUUUCGUCGGUGUGACCCUUUAUGUUGUCAGCUGGCCGGAUGAUGGUGUCAGGUACUACGGCUGGAUUGUCAUUGGAACAGCAAUGUCGAUUCUGGCCUCCCUGUUGUUCUUUCACAAGACCGCGAGAAGUCUAGAAAGCCUUGUCUUCCCAAGUGAAGCAAGCGUGGGUUUCAGGUGUGCCUUCUACUAUGGGCUGUUUCUGGUGUUCUUCGUUGCCAUGCAGCUAGCAGUAGGCUUCUCUGCCGGCUUGUUAUGCGCCGACAUAGACCACGAGGACGUGGAGUUUGAAGACUGGGUGAUUGACGAUCCAGUAACGGCUAGCCACAAGGACAUAGUCGAUCCCGCUUGCAUCGUCUACAAGCGAUGGGGCCGUGCUAUCGGAACGGACGAAGACAGACAUCCGAUUUUUCUGAGGCAUCGGAAUUUGACGCUGGAGAAGAUAGAGCUUCGCCUGAAGACCAUAGCAGCUUUUCUGUCGCACGUAACGGCAUUCGCAGCAAUACGCGCAGGUGUCAUGUUACAGCACUUUCCUUUCUUCAAGCAGAAUGCUCUUUGUAGUCUGCUGUCAGUGGUGGUUCACGUUGCCUUUCUCUUCCUCAUCUUUCGCGUUCUCGAGAUGGUUCGCUGUGGGGGAAAGCCAGAAAAGUUGGUCGAUCUGUACUUCGACGAAGUGGAUGAUGUUGAAGUGGACGUGCUUUCGCUAUCAUGCUCUUAUAUGCUGGUCUUGUGCCUCGGGUAUGCGGUGACAGGUGAACCCAGUGAUUUUGAAGGCUUCCAGCUGCCUUCCACGGUGGACCUCAAGAAAGCAGUGAUUAUCUUCAUCUUAGGAGGUCUGCUCUUCGCGGCCUCCGUCGCUUUGGUUUUCUUCUGGCGCCCGCGCUACAGCGAGCAGUCCUGGCGGGCGAAGGUCCGUGAUAUGGUCUUGUGUACACUGGCGAUGGCCUUCGGCUGGUGCAUCAUUCAUGCCGUUCGCUGGACCAAUACUGACCUGAGCAAGAACCGUGUGAUUGGGUUCCUGCCGGGCUCUAUGAUUCUGCACGUGAUCACAGCUUUCGCCAUGUCCCUGCUGGGCUACAUUGUCGUUCUGUUCCUGGACAAGCUUGAAGACUUGUGUCUGACUCGUUUCGGAUCGCUUGGCCGAUCUUUCAAGAGUGCCGUCACGGCCACGGGGCUCAUCAUUGGCAUUUCCUGGGAGACAUGCUUCGACAAAGCAGUGUCGAUCGUCGCGCAUGGGCAGCGCGAGAAGCAAGUCGUCGAGGUGUUGCUGGUCGUGGUCCUUCUGCUUCUGUUGGUCCCUGCCUGGAAGAGGUUUGUCAUCACCAAGCAGCUGCACUUCGAAUCCUUCAAGUUCGAGCGCAGGAGCCAGUCUUAUCUCAAGAAGGACAAUGACACACUGCUGCCACAGCCACUCGUCUUCAUGAGAUCACAGCAUGAUUCUAUAUACAUCCAUCUCUGCCGCCGCGAUUUUUCCGGCGGGAGCAGCCCUGCCGAAGGCAGAACCAUUCCACCAAGGCCGCCCUGA